AUGGAAGAAGAUAGAGAUAAUGUCGAAAUAGGAGAUAUUGACACCCAAUCCUUCACCUUCCGUGAGCUUGCCACUGCAACCAGGAACUUCCGUCAAGAAUGCCUGUUGGGUGAAGGUGGAUUUGGAAGAGUCUACAGAGGGACACUGGCAUCAACCGGGCAGGUGGUGGCUGUGAAGCAACUUGACAGGAAUGGACUGCAAAGAAACGAGUUUCUCGGUGAGGUCUUGACGCUUAGUCGUUUACACCACCCAAACCUGGUCAACCUCAUUGGAUACUGUGCUGAUGGAGACCAGAGGCUUUUGGUGCAUGAAUUAAUGUCAGGAGGCUCUCUGGAGGAUAAUCUCCUUGAUAUAGCAGCAGAACGAAAGCCAUUGAACUGGUUUGCCAGAAUGAAAGUAACUUUUGGUACCGCUAAAGGACUAGAAUACCUGCAUGAAAAAGCCGAUCCCGCUGUUAUAUUUCGCGAUUUAAAGCCCUCCAACAUUUUUCUGGAUGAAGAUUUCACCCCCAAGCUCUCUGAUUUCGGACUCGCCAAGCUUGGGCCUUCUGGGGACAAGAUGCAUCCUUCAUCAAGAGUGAUGGGAACUUAUGGUUACUGUGCUCCAGAAUAUGCUAGAGCAGGUCAUCUCACACAAAAAUCAGACGUAUACGGUUUCGGAGUUAUUUUGCUGGAGCUCAUUACCGGAAGAAGAGCCAUAGACACUACAAAACCCAUCGACGAGCAAAAUCUAGUUUCUUGGGCACAACCGAAAUUCAAGGACCCAAAAAAGUAUCCAGAUAUGGCCGAUCCACUUCUUAACAAGCAAUUUCCCGAAAAAGACCUGAAUCAAGUCGUUGCAAUAGCAGCAAUGUGUCUGCAAGAUGAGUCAUCAGCCCGUCCUUUGAUGAGCGACGUUGUAACAGCAUUAAGUUUUCUGUCAACAGCUACUGAUAUGCCUCAAUUGAUCCCUCCUUUAGAGGAGAAAGAUGGUUCAGAUGACGAUGAUAAGGCUAGUGAUGGCAGUCAGAGCGAAGAGAGUUCAGAUAACGAGGACAGAGAAAAGGAACAUGAUGGAGAUACUUCAGAUCACCAUGAUGAUGAAAGUUCAGAUAAUGAGGAUGGGGACAGUGACUGUAGAGAUCAACAGACUGUUACCGGGAGCAGAAACUUCACCACAAGCAGCAGCAUGAAAUCAAUGGAUGACAGUGUUUCUUCCGCUCGUAAAAACAGCAGGAGAUUGGAGGAGUUCACAUCGAAUGGUAGAGGAUCACAAUAUGGAACUGUUUCCUCAAAUGGCGCUAGCAGCAGGAGUUCGCAUUGUAAUGCCUCUUUCCACCGCAAGAGCAGCAAAAAAUCGAAAAAUUCUUUGAGCCACAAAAGCAGCACGGGAUCAAGACUGGAAGGAAGCACUGUUUCUACCAGCGGCAAAAGCAGCAGCAGCAAGUCACCAGACAGAAACGCUUCUUUAAGCUUCAGCAGCGGCCAGGAUUAG